CAAAUCUGAUGGAGAUUAUCCAUCAGAUUAAAGCAAGAAUCGGAUAGGCAUCUGGUACUAAAAACGAAGAGAUAGAAUCCAUGUCAUCCCACGAGCAAGGGUUUUAAUUCCAUCGUUCGCAAAUCUGUCGAACUCUUCCGUUCCCGGUGGGCGGCGAGCUGGCGGCGGAUCUCCAUCAAUUCCUUGGUGUUCUUCAGUCCCCUCCUCUCUUUCUCCUCUAGUAAACCACGCGGAGACGAUCCAAGAUGGGUGGGUGCUGCUGCUGUUUCCCCUCCAAACCCCCAAGGGAGAACCCAAUGCACCCAACCGCAGAGCCGCUCAUCCAGCGGAAGCCCAAUCACACCCCUCCCUACCAUCAAAGGCCCCCGGUGAUCACCCAUGCUCACAAGGGUAUGAACGCUGUCGUGCGCCUGAAGACCGGCUUCGAGCGUUUCAGAACGAAUGUGUACAACAAGAAUCCGAAGCUUUUUGAAUCGCUUAAGAAGGAUCAGUUCCCCAAGUACAUGGUGUUUGCAUGUGCUGACUCGCGUGUGUCUCCAACAAUAACCCUCGGGCUGAAUCCAGGAGAGGCCUUCACUGUUCGAAAUAUUGCCGGAAUGGUUCCUGCCUAUCAAAAGACAAGGCACUGCAGCGUCGGGUCAGCCAUCGAGUUUGCCGUGGUUAUCCUCAAGGUUGAGUGCAUUGUUGUGAUUGGUCACAGCCGCUGUGGUGGAAUUAGGGAACUACUCUCACUGAAGGAUGAAGGGCCUAACACGUACCACUUCAUUGAGGACUGGGUGAAGAUCGGUAUGGAGGCCAAGAAGAAGGUGCAGAGAGAAAACAGGUUGUUGCCUUUCGAUGACCAAUGCACCGUGCUGGAAAAGGAGGCCGUCAAUGUGUCGCUUGGAAAUUUGAAGACGUAUCCGUUCGUCAAGGAUAGAUUGAGCAAGGGCACACUGAAUGUGAUUGGUGCCCGCUAUGACUUCGUCCGCGGAAGCUUUGAAACGUGGAAUGCCUGAAGUCAAGUAGUGCAGAAAUGGUUAGCUAGCCAGUCGCAAAUAUUUGGUCGAAAAAGGCUUAGCUGCAUGCAUGGCUGUUGCUGUGGUUGCAUUCCGUGUGAGUCCUUUGGGUACCGCCUAGAUAGAUUUUAGUACAGUACAGAAGGAAGGUAAGGCUAGUAUUGGAUUUGGAGGAUGGCGCCUAAGGAGAUAAUGACCCAUGUGUUUUCUAGUGCCUGUCCCUACAAUCUUAAUGUGAGAUAUGGCGUGUGUGUGUGUGUGUUUUGAUGGUUUAUAUAAUCAGGCUACCAUUCUCUUUUUCCUCU